GCGUUAUUUGUUCAAUAUAUAAUGUCUUGAAUGAACUUGAUCAAAAUCAUACUCACGGUACUAUCUGUACGAAAAGCAUCUAGUAAAAAUGGCGUUUAAGUUUGUGGUCCUUGCUUGUUUUGCGGCUGCCGUCAGCGCCGGAGUAGUCCCUGCUGCGCCGCUGAGCUACGCGGCAGCACCCGUCGCCUACUCCAGCCCUGUGGCUUAUUCUAGCCCUGUGGCUUAUUCUAGCCCUGUGGCUUAUUCUAGCCCUGUGGCAUAUGCCGCGCCAGUCGCGAAGAUCGCCAAAGUUGCCGUUGAGGAGUAUAAUCCACACCCACAGUACAGCUUCGCAUACGAUGUGCAGGACGGUCUAACGGGUGACUCCAAGAGCCAGCACGAAUCUCGCGACGGUGACGUUGUUCAGGGCUCGUACUCCGUGGUCGACCCUGAUGGCACAAAGCGCACUGUGGACUACACUGCUGACCCACACAACGGAUUCAACGCUGUCGUGCGCAAGGAAGCCCUAGGUGUCAAGGUCGCCGCUCCCGUGGCGUACGCCGCGCCCGUCGCUAAAAUCGCAGCUCCCGUCGCCUACGCCGCCCCUGUAGCCAAGAUCGCCGCUCCCGUCGCCUAUGCCGCCCCCGUCGCCAAGGUUGCCUAUUCUAACCCUAUCGCGUACGCCGCCUCCCCUGUCGCCUAUUCUCAACCCAUCUACCACCACUAAGACCAGACUGACUUAUUUUGUUAAUAUGAACCAUGUUACGGCCUAGUAAGCAAUGUUAUUUAUGUUUAUUACUUUUAAGGAUUCGCAAAUAAACGAUAUGAAAUCGUAUUUUCUAUUAAUCACUUUUUUCUGAAAUUGUAAACCAGAAGCAUUUUCUUUAAGUAAUUUAUUUUGCAAUAUUUUCGAUUUCAAAAAUAUAAACCUCCAAUGGAUAUCGAAAUUACUUAAAAUUUAAGAAAAAAAAUGCGUAAAGUAUUUGUAUGUUUACCGAUUUAAAUGAAAUUUACUUGCACUACUUGAGACGUGGUAAUUUUUAUCCCAGAAAAAUUUAAGGUUCCUCUAGGCCUCACAAAAACUAACUAUAACGCCGACGAGGCCGCGGGUGGAAGCUAGUUAAUUUAUAAAAAUUUGAAGUAAUAAUGAAAUAUCGCUGUUGUCAACUUUUUUAAGAAUUUACUCCUCUGGGUGAUGACCGUACCUACCGUAAAUCAAUUUAUUAAUUUAUGAACAUAAUUCUCUUAGGAGUAAGGCGAGAAUUCAAUUAUAGAAAUAUAAUAUAGCACUAGCAGCCGCCCGCGAUUUCGUCCCCGUUAACUUAAGUUUCUUUAAGGAUGCCACAGGAACCUGACAUUGUUCUGGAUUAAAAGUAUUCUAUGUCUCAAUCCAGGUCUUAAACUGCAAACCAAAUUGCAUCAAAUCCAUUCUAUAGUUUUGAGCGUGAUUGAUUAACAAACACGCAUACAUAAAAACCAUCACGUUUAUAAUAUUAGUGGGAUAAAAGAUCGAUAAACCUGUGGGGUAACGACACUAACGACAUAUGUUUGCUCUACUUAUGUUUAAAAAAUAUGUCAUUCCCGUCUACUACAUGGUCCGCGUGGUUUUUUUUUACUAUAGGGUUUUUUCUUUAGAUUUAAACAUCUAGCAGCUAAUUGCUUAAAAAAAAAUAUAAAUAAGUCAUUAAUUAAUUCUUACAAUGCUCAUGCUACUUAUGAACAUCAAACGCAAUAUUUCAAUCAUGAGUUUUGGUUUUGCUUAUCCCUAGAUAAUAUUACCUACCUAUACAUUACCUAAAACACAUUACCUAUAAUGUGAAGAGCAUAAUGACAGAUUGUUCUAAUUAAAAUCUAAAUUAACAGGGAAGCAGAGCAAGCAAACGAAACGGCAGCAAAAUGGCACAAAUAAUAUUUUUUUAAGAAAAGAUUAGAAGAUGUGUAAGUAUAUCGCUCAUAACUACAACUCUAGGGCAAACACUGAUGAAACAAAAUCGAUAUAAAUAAAAAAUUUGCUAAGCGUAGAACUCGAGAACGGCUGAACCAAUUCGUCAUUUUUUUUCAUAUUAUUUUCCUUGAGGCACACGGAAGGUUUUUAUGGAGAGAAAGGCAUAAAAUUGUAUAGGAAAUAAUGGAAACACACUGUUCUAGCUCAUACAAACCAGCUGUUAAACAUUUGAUGCUAUAGAUAUAGUUUGAAGGGAAGUAGAAGUUUGUAUGGGGAACCAAGUAAACCACGCAAAUAAAGUCGCGAGCGCGCGGUAGUAAUAAAUAUAAGCACAACUCCAGCACAAGUACCUAAAUGAAUGCUUAAAAUUGUGAUUGAAGAAAUUAGCGUAAUUAGCGAGAGUGUGCCUUGCAUGUUCCUCUUUUUUGCCUUUUUCCCCCGAAAUUUCGUCACUGUCGCUUAUGCCAGUUAGUGUCCAUGUAAGUUUAAGACAAUAUAUUAUGAUUAAAUUACAUAAGUGAAUAGUAAUAUUUUGUUUAAAAUUUCAUAACAGUUGGCUUAAAGUCAAGAACGCGUUCGAAUUUUCCGCCAUUGACAAAUUGCAGCUCAUUUCCAAUUGCGUUCACAUCCAUAGAGAUGCGCAGACACAAUACUAAACGCAAACUUGGAUGGGUGUCACAAUGCGCACCAACUAUAUAUACGUCGGUUGACUCUUUCAGGAACAGACACACACUUGACUUCAAUCAACAUCAACCCUCAGGAACAAAAAUGGCAUUCAAGGUAAUCAUCUUCGCCGGCCUAGUAGCAGCUGUGAGCGCGGGAGCAGCACUUGCACCCGUAGCUGCACCUGUAGCUGCGGCGCCAGUGGUAUCUGCAAGGCUUGAGGAAUUCGAUCCCCUACCGCAAUACCGCUUCGGAUACGAUGUCGCUGAUUCUCUCACCGGAGACUAUAAAAGUCAGACGGAGCAACGUGACGGAGAUCUAGUUCAGGGCUCGUAUUCUCUCGUGGAUCCUGAUGGUACACGUCGUACCGUUGACUAUUCUGCUGACUCGGUGAACGGGUUCAACGCUGUGGUGCGCAAGGAGCCUUUAGUGGCUGCCGCGCCGGUAGUCGCUGCCGCUCCGGCUGUGGUGCCAGCUCGUAUUGCCGCCGCUCCAGUUGCUGCAGCCCCAGUAGUGGCAGCCGCUCCAGCUGUUUUGCCAGCCCGUGUUGCCGCUGCCCCGGUAGUAGCCGCACGAUACACCGCUGCAGUGCCGGCGGCGUACUCCGCCUACGCUGCGUACCCCGCCCCGUUAGCUUAUACCGCUUACUCUGCCGCUUAUGCAGCAGCCCCCUUCGCUGCAGUGAAAGCUUUCCCAGCGGCCGCACCAGUUGUAGCCGUGAAAUGAAUGAAUCUAUAAAAACCAAAGGAUCGACUUAAGUGAUAAUGGCCAAUAAAUGAUUAUUUUUUUACUCGA